AUGUUUAAUAGAGUUGUAAAGGCACUAGCCUAUACUUUUUUAAGUAUAAGCGAUCCAAUCGAAAAAAAACAUUGGUUUUUAACACCAGAACAACAUGCCAUCGAAUUUUUAAUUAUGAAUACAUUUUAUUUAAUAACAAUGUAUUUGGGUUAUAAAUUAUUAAAAAGAAAUCAAAUUAUUAAUAAAAAUCGACCACUAAUGGUUAAAGAUAUUGGAUCAAUUAUAAAUUAUAUAUUGGCAGCAAUUUUAAUAAUUAAUGUAAUAUUAAAUCUUAUUUAUAAAUGCGUAAGAGGAUGGAGAGUCGUAUUUUUUAUGCUCCAACCAUGUCAUAUUGUAAGUUCAAUCUAUGCAUAUUGUUUAUUAACCCCAAACUAUGGAAAAGGAAGAGAAGUUUUUAAAAUUUCAGUAUAUUAUAUUUUUGUAACAGUAUUAGCAUUAGCAGCACCAGAUACAGUAGAUUUAACAUUACCAUUUGAAGUUCACAAUUUCUUUAUUCAACAUUAUGCAUUACUUUUAGCACCAAUUACAUUACAAAUGUAUAGAUAUGAUAUCAAAUUCGAAUGGUCAUAUGCAUUAAUUUCAGAAAGUUUAAUUGGUUUAGCUCAUUUUGUAGUCUUUGAAAUUUGUUCAUUUUUCAGCGGUACCAAUAUCAACUAUAUGUUAUUCCCACCACCAUUAGGAGAUUUCGAUUAUUUAAUUCAAGAAACCUAUAGAGUAGUCAUUGGAGGUUUAAUCUUUUUAGUCUCUUUAUUCUUUGGUUAUUUAGCGAUUAUCAUUGGUUCAAAAUUAAGAUCGGUGUUUUUAAUUAAAACAACAAAAAAUAAAAUUAAAUAA